AUGUUGUCUCUGGACUCGUACGUCUACCCGAGGGGCGGUGCCGCUGCUUCCUUUUCUUCCCCACUCAUGGAUUGUACGAGCGCUAUCCACAACUCGGACAAUAUUCAAAACGGUGCGCCCCAUUUCACAACGGUAAAGAGCGUCAACGCUGUAGCAUCGGCGGGAAUUGUGAAGGAAACGACAUAUGCCACGUCAGAACCCCAGAGAUUUGUCUUCCCGAUAAAACAUACCAAUAACCCGUACACGCGUACAUCGGCGGACGGUUCUCCCUGCGUCCCCACGUCUCCCCUUUCCGCGGAGGUGAGAUUUCUGAUGUCGUACAAGGACGAAGACACGAAAGGCCUCAAUACGUUGAUGUCGACAUCCAACGAGCCACGCAUGAUGGCAACGGUGGCGAAAAACAGCUGCAGUGCUUUGCAGGGUCCUAUGAAGAAGGGUGUUUUUCCACCUGCUCCUCGAAGCAGCACAAUCAAACAAUCCGCUUAUCGCUCCCCACCAUUCGUCAGGGCUGCUGCUGCUGCUGCUACUGCUCCUACAACACCCACUGUUAUGAGCACCAAUCCCAUCAGCACGGAGUCGACAUUGUCGUCAACCCACGCCACAGCAAGGCGUCUGGAGAUUCCGAAUACCCGUACCAAUGCUUUGCACCAAUCACCUCACACAAAUAAUUCUGGUUCUUCUGCGGCAGCAGCGACAACGACAACAUCUACUUCAGUAACGCAUGUCCGGUGCAAGCGCGUAUACGUGAACGGACGUCCCAUGACUGUGUGGCUUAAUGGUAACGAACAUUCUCAAUAA